UAGUGACCUCUGUCGGCGGCCUUUAGUACCGACCCCUCCGCGGUGGUAGGUAGACGUGGCAGUGACGUAGCCCUCCGGAAGUGACCCGGAUCGGAACUUUAACUAAAGGAUCGCCUGCUUUUCCACCACAACCGUCGAGGAUCCGUGAAAUAAUUGAUAUCAUCGACCCGACAACGACGAAAUCGGACUAGGAUAGCUUCUAACAACAGAGAAAUGGACGUGUGUGUGUCUACGCUCGAGUGGAUGUGAGAGCUGCCCACGCCACAGAAGGUUCUGCCACACAGUUGUGAACAGCUGAUCUCGAUCGGUCCAACCCGACCCCGGUAGAGCUGUGACCCGGGCUGGUGACUCCCCGGAGGGAAGAUGACCUGCCGAGACCGGACCCUCGAGUUCCAGUCGGCCUGUAAAUCUCUUCAGGGCAGACAGAAUGGAAUCCAGCCGACUAAGCCGGUCCUCAGCGCCCUCAAGCAGCGCAGUGACUUCACCGUCAUGGCCAAGCGAAUUGGAAGAGACUUGAGCAAUACGUUCGCCAAGUUGGAAAAACUCACCAUUUUGGCAAAGAGGAAAUCUCUGUUUGACGACAAGGGGGUGGAGAUCGAGGAGCUCACCUACAUCAUCAAACAGGACAUCAACAGCCUGAACAAACAGAUCGCCCAGCUGCAGGACCUGGUGCGGUCCCGGGGGGCCCCAGGGGGUCGGCACAUCCAGACCCACUCCAACACCAUCGUGGUGUCACUACAGUCCAAACUGGCAUCCAUGUCCAAUGACUUCAAAUCGGUCCUGGAAGUAAGAACAGAGAACCUGAAGCAGCAGCGCAGCAGGAGAGAGCAGUUCUCCCAGCCUCCCUCCUCUUCCUCACCCAUGGCCAACAACUUCAGGAGCCGCAAAAAAGGGGCCCAGGAGCCACAAGCAGCGCGCGAGUACCAGGGCUAUACCACCUCACAUUUCAAAGAAAGCUCUGUGCUGAUGCAGGACGAGUCCCGGAGCAUGGGGGAGGUGGCCAUCGACAUGGACUCCCAGUCCAACCCCAUGCAGCUCCAGCUCAUUGACGAGCAGGACUCGUACAUCCAGAGUCGUGCGGACACCAUGCAGAACAUUGAGAGCACCAUCGUGGAGCUGGGCUCCAUAUUCCAGCAGCUUGCACACAUGGUCAAGGAGCAGGAGGAGACCAUUCAAAGGAUCGACGCCAACGUGGAGGACACCCAGCUAAACGUGGAGAGCGCCCACACGGAGAUCCUCAAGUACUUCCAGUCGGUGUCCUCCAACCGCUGGCUGAUGAUCAAGAUCUUCCUCGUCCUGGUGGUCUUCUUCAUCGUCUUUGUAGUCUUCUUCGCUUAAAGAAAGAGGAUGAUCGGUGGCUGAGGAGCACAGAAUUCUGGGAGGGGUGGGGUGUGAAGAUGAAUGGACUCUUCACCGAGACUCAAAACGGUUGUCGAGGCAACGCGUGUUAUCUGAAAGUUUUCUCUACCAAUUGGGCUGUUGACUCUUUUUGAAGUUGUUAUUUUCCUUCCUUGUUCGGGAGAGCAGAGGGGCGCCCGGUUGUGGUGUCUGAGGGCAGGUUAAUGAACUGUACUGCCCACCAGACAGCCCAUGCUCUCUGAACGGCAACGCCUUGGAGAUAACACAGAGGUGAGAUGAGCUGCGUGCUAGAGUGAGUGCAGCGCUGUUCAUUGUUAUUUUAGACCAAUUAAUCUGAAUACAUUUAAUCGAAAAUGGCUAUUUAACGGUUUGAUUCUACAAACUAUCUUUUUUUUUUUUUUUUAAGAUCUGGUUAAACUGCAGAGGUUCUUCUUUCCCUUCCUCUUCCCGCUGGUGUAGAGCGUGUGUGGUCGCAAAGAGAAAAUAACAAAUGUUUUUGGUUGUGAAAUUCAUAGCCUGCCAUGCCACUUAUUUUGCUGUUGACUUUGUCACUAAUCUAUUCACAAUAAUUGGAAUACCGACGCUAGGUCCUAUUUUCCCUAUUAAUGUUUUUCUGAACUUUAUUUGCCAAAAUGUGUACUUCUAACAAGAACUGCAUCUGGAAAUAUUAGUCUAUUUUUGUUUGUAUAUGAAAAGAAAGGCAGCAUGGCAAUACAGUCAACUGAAGGGGAACUUCCUGGCAUUGCCCUCCACCAAAACAGAAAUAGUUCAUUUGGAAUUGGUUCAGGCAGCACGUUGACACUGUUUUUCUGUCAGCGUGGACAUCUUGGCAGGUCUGAAUCUGCAUUUCAAAGCAUUUCUUAUUCCCCAGUAGUCUUUACAUGUUUCAGUCCAGUGUAAGGCUCGGUGGGGUGGGCCCACCGGAGGGGGUUGUGCCAGUUAAAGCCUACUAAUGAAGUGACUGCGACCAGGUCACCCAGGUGUCUGGUCGGGCCCGGCUGCAGUUGUUGACUGAUUUGGUGAAGCGCUGUCCGACUCAGAAAGAGGACAGCUCAUGUACAGGAACCGUAAUUUAAAGGACCAUAGCUUUUUGAGAAAGAGAUAUUCUUCCUAUUUUCGUCCCCUGUCUUCACUUUAGCCAAAUGCCUUGAAGUUGAUGUAUAAAGUGCAAAUAGUAAUGAAGGUGUAAUGGAAAAGGAAGUGCAUAUAAAUAAAUGAAUGAUAGGAGGUCUGUGUUAAUGGUUGACCUAUUAUUGAACAUAAGAGGAUUAGCAUCCUCCAUAUAAUUCACCUGCGUGCUAUUUUGAGACGGCUUUCCAGAAGCAAUGUGCUAAUCUGGGCCCAUCAGUUAUAUAAACUUUGGGGCAGAUUGUUUACGUGUACAUCAUGAUAUGAUGUAACCACUUGCAACAUGCCGUUUCUAAGCUAGAGUACACAUGCACAAGACCCAACACCAGAUCAACAAGCUGUACCCGUUCUUAAUGACUUUACUAAUCAGGAACUAGAAUGAAAAAGUGCAUUUCAAAGUACACAUGCACAAGACCAACACCAGAUCAACAACCUGCAUGUAUAAUUUCAUUUAUACACAAAAAAAGGAUAUGGAUUUGAAAAAGCAUGGUUUUAAUCACCUAAUACAGCAAUGUUUCACAAUCAUAGGAAAAUAUACAAUCUUUCUAGACAUCUGCUGGCCUACACCUCACUGGUAUUUACAUCGGUGCUUGUGGUUAAUUGGGUUGAAAGAAACAAAACCUGCUAAGUAAUUGGGUGCUGAAGGUGAAAAUGAGUAGGGAGAAGAACAUUCCCUUACUAUGUGCUGUACCCAUUCUGAAUGACUUUACUAAUGAGGAACUAGACUGCAAAAGUGCAUUCCAAACUGUUCUCAGUCCAUGGUGAAUUAUGAGGUAAGUGUGCAAAAACUAUCGACAAAAUCUAAGGAGCAAAACAGCUUCUGAUGUAUUGAGGAUGGACACCAGUUGGCCGUUAAUAUCUCUUUAAUGAGGUCUCGUAUUCUGUAUAUUUUUCUCCAGGCUACUUUACACCCUUUAAUGAAGUAUUAAGUAUGUCCUAAAAGCUAGCAUCUAUAUUAUGUACAUAUUUCCGCUUCUCUUCCAAUAUCUCCUCCACCC